GUGCUCGGUAUGCACUCGGCAGUCGUCGGCCUGUCGGCCACAAACCGCAACGGUUUUCACGUUUGUUGCCGUUUUAAAAAUGGAACGAGAAGUACAAAACACUUAUUCUUACAUCAAACUUAUUAAAGAAAUAGAAAGGUUCCCUGUGCUGUAUAAUUAUAGUUUACAAGAUUAUUCUAAUAAAACAGUAACUGAUAAAUCAUGGGCUGAAAUCGCAAAGAAAACGAAUAGCACAGUUGGUGAAUGCAAAGAAAAAUGGAGGAAUAUACGAUCAUCUUUUCUUAGAAGUAGGAAAGCCCCACAAAAUGGUUCCCGACCAAAAAAGGUGUAUUACCUGGCCGAGCACUUAGCAUUCAUAUUGCCUUUCCUAAAAUGUCGUGACACAUCGCAUAGAGAAGAUGAAGAACAAGAAAGUAUAGGAGAAAGUGAUACCCAAUCGCAAGAUUGCAAUUUUGAAGUCGAAAAAUGUGAAGUAGACGAUUUUGAGGGUAUGAAAAAAGAGGUAGAUGAGAGGACUUUCUUUACUGAACCUUCUAUCAUUAAUGUUGUUAGUAGAAAACGACAUAUAUCUGAAGAUGAAACAAUUGAUUAUGUAAAAAGAAAGUAUAAUCCAGAAGCAGCUAAAUCUACACACCCGAUGCAUUAUUUCUUUCUUAGUUUGUUCGAUGAAUUUGACACGAUGGAUGAGCGUCAAAUAAGACAGUUUAAAAUAAGAGUGUUACAAGUUAUAGAUGAUAUUAAAACAAGCAAGGUAACACAGCCUUUCGGGGUAUCUGUAUCUCCAGAACCGUCUCACGUUGCGUUCCAAAUUCCAAUCUAGGUCCGAUUAUGCUACUUCACAAAUUCGACUUGUGCAUGCUACAAAAAAAUCGGAAGAAAAAGAAAAUACGCAGACCGUUGGUUCUUUGUCAUCAUUAAAGCCCGCUGGAUAAAAGAUAAAUGUGCCAUAUAAAUAAUGUUCAAAACGCGGAAUUUGAAGGAGAUGCAGUUAUAAAGUUAGAGAAUGAUAUGACUUUUGAUUAAAAGCAAUCAUACAAUAGUUAAGUCAUUGUCACUAACAAUAAUACGUAAAUCUCCGAUGAAUACAUACAUGUUAUGAAUCAGGGGGAUAAGUUAUAUCCACUAGGAACCAGGCCGCGUAGCCAACGUGCUAAUCGCUUACGCUCCGUAGCGAUCGAAUCGCAACUGUCACUGUCGCACUAAUAUGGAAGAGUGAUAGAGAGACACCAAGCGAUUCGUUGUCGAAGCGAUAGCGAUUGUCACCUUGGCUAGGCCGGCAGGAGAGAAAAUAUUUUGUCGCUAUGAAGGCAAAGACUUUGCACCUAAUGGAAUGCGAUAUCAGACAAUUGCUGCCUAAGUAGAUCGAUCGAUACAUCGAAUUCAAUCGCUCUAUCAAAUGGAGCAAAGUGUUGCAAAUCGCAUGCAAUCGACGAUUAGAUAGAUAUAUUAGAGAUAUAUGCGACGGUUAGAGACACCAAAUAGUACAUUACGAUACAAGUGCGAAAAAUAGGAAAUUCGAAACGAGUGGCGAUAAAUUAAAACUCGACCGAAGGGAGUGUUUUAAAUCGACACGAGUUGCGAAUUGCCUAUUCGCACAUGUAUCGUACAACGUUUUACAGUACAUAUGGCCCUUUAAAUGUUCGACACGGUAACGUAAUAUGCUAAUUUUCGCACUAGUGCUAUAAAGUAGCACCAUAUGUACUGUAAAGGAUUUUUUUUCUCCGCGUAAUGGUAUAAAAAUUGUGGUAAAUAUCGACAAGCUUGUUUCUAAUGAAUAGCAGUAGGGGUUAGUUGGUGCAGGAGUGAGGUAGAUACUAAUAAGCAGCGAGGGGUGCAAAUAAAAUGCCGUUGAGGGUGCUAAAUGUUAUAUCUAUUAAAAAGCCCGCAAAAUAAAGAUAUGGAAAUUCAUCACUCUGGAACUCUUGGCGCAAAAAGUUAGGAAACCUUGGGCUAAUUAAUGGGAAAAUGUGCUAAUGACCUCGGAAGUUGACGGUUUUAUAAAUUAUUCUAAAAUAUAUAUUUUUUUUAGGACUCUUUUAA